AAAACAACCCGUUUUGAAUCGUAGCUUUAUUAACACAGACAGGGUUGUCCUUCAGUGGUGUCCAGCAUCCCACGUCGUUCUGUGGCGCUGUCAGAACCAACGGAACAGAAAUAUACUCAUCGCUGUCGGAUAUGGCGGCUAAGAUUUUGCCCGUGGUGAAACUGGCUACUAAGGUGACAAUUGCAGGAGGAGCUCUGUAUGUUGCCUGUGACUCUGGUCUCCUGGGCAGCAGUGAACAGGGUUCGCAGGCCCUGGAGAAAGUCAAGGCUGCUUUACCCCCUGCCAUAGAGGAGUGGAUGAAGUACUUUGGAGUGGAGGCUCAGCUUCCGACCAUGCCCACGAUUGAAUUCUCACCCUCAAAGACGUGGAACUCUGGAGUGCGGUGGACUAUAUCAGCACUUUCAGAGGCACCAACGAGAGCCACUGGAUACACAUAUCAGGGCGUUCAGUAUCUAAAAGAUCUCACCAAGUAGACACUGGACAGACGUCUAUUAAUUUCUUCCACUUUUGCACUUCAGUGACAUCCUCCAUCCAUGACUCUAUUUCUUUACGGAAAUAAAAAAAAAACACCACACACAAAAGAACACCACCAGGUAGAUUUUAGCUAAUCUGAAUUUUUCUGUGGUUUCCCAAAUGAAAACAUCACUCGCAGAGUAAAUUAUUGUAACAAAAGUAAAGACUCUUUGAAAAAUGA